AGGAUUACAAAGGCGAUAGGACAAACCAAGUUACAUCUCACCUCUGCCGGCUGGGGACCACCCGCCUCCAACUGGUGCUAGAUGAGAGGGUCGGCCCCCAGAGUGUAGGAGGCCUCACUGGUGACAAGAGUUUCCCUCGAGGGCAUGUCAUCCUUGGAGAAACAAAGAGGCUGAGUGACUUGUCUCCAAAGUGCAAAGCCAACCGGCAGUGUUCCCGGGACUGUAGGUUUAUUGGGCAGGGGGAGACUUGGGGAACGAAGGGUGGUGGUGAAGAUUCAGGGGAGUAUCUUGAAGCCGUGUUUUCAGAGUGAGCUGCCUUUUACCUAGCUGGUAUGUUGGAGGGAGUUGGUUUGCAAGGAAGCGGCCGCCAAAUGGUAGGAUCCUCGCACAUCCACAGAGAGAAGCCAGACUCCCUGUCCUUCUGAUACGGAAAAGAGCAGAGACGCCCUUCUGAACUUCACAGCAACAGAGACCCCCUCAGAUUUGCCGAGGUGUCCAAGCAGGACGUUGCACCAAUGACUCAUGAGGGCACCUCUAAUUCUCCCAUGGACCAAAUGAGCUCAACUUUGGGGUGGCAGGAGCCUCUGGACAACAGGGCAGGGACGGAAUGCCCGAGGGACCAGGAUGACAUUCUUCUGUGUGAGGAUGUGCAGCAACAAGAUGAGGAUCUGUCAGCUGAAGAAAUAAUAUUUUUGAGAGAGUUUCCCAUCAUCAAGGAAGAGCUAGAAGUGACCAUCAGGAAGCUCCAUGCCCUUGCAGACAGCAUCGACACAACCCACAGAACAUUCACCAAGACCAACAUGGUGGCCACCUCCCUCACUGUGGUCUCAGACGCCAUGAGCAUGCUGGGUCUGGUCCUUGCUCCAGCAACAGUAGGAGGAAGUCUGGCGCUCUCUGCUGCUGGUAAAGUUUUGGGGACAGCAGUCGGGUUCACCAGCAUCUUCAUCAACAUCAUGGAACACCGUCAAAAUCAAAAAGCCCAAACUCACGCCAGCACCCUAGUGCCCACCCAUGACCAUGAGGUCAACGAGGCUCAGGGAAAGAAAGUCUUCUACGUCCUGAGUGUCGGAAAGAAGGCCUAUGAUUACGGAAGUAACAUCAGUGAUGUUAAGAAGAACAUCCGUGCCUGUCAGAUAGCCAGAGCCCACCCGCGUCUGGCCACUGCUGCCAAGCGUCUCCUGACCACUGGCCAAGUCUCAGCCCGAAGGAGCAUGCAGUUGCAAAGGGCCUUUAAGGGCACAAUAGUGCUGAUGGAGAAAAAUGUUCGCAUGCUGUGUAGUGCUAUGGCUGGCUUCUCCCUCUGCCAGAACGUGGUCACCCUCCGGAGCAACUGGAAGCAACUGAAGGAAGGAGAAGGAAGCAAGAUGGCAGAAGAGCUGAGAGCCCACGCUCGGGAGCUGGAAAGGAAGCUGAUGGAACUCACCCAGCUCCGUGAGAGUCUGCAGCAAAACUCUUCCAAGAGAAAAGGCCAGGGAGCUCAUCUUUGGGCGGAGCCACUGGGUCUCUGGCUUGACCCCCAGGCAGGCGUGGGGAAGCAGGUCCCCAGAAGUUCUUCAGGAGCAGAAUGAUGACAGAAAAAACUCUCUGAAGGCCUGAGAUACUGCGGGAAGCCAUUUGAGAUUUCCUUCCAAGUCAACGUGACUGUGUAGAAUCUUUGUUCAAACCCAAAGCCUGAUUUAUGGCCCGCCACGCAUGCGUCAGGCAUCGUACACGUGCUUUGUGAGUGAGCCACCUGAAGGAAAACCAUCUUGUCCUCGAGGUCAAUCAAUGCUCCUUCCCCGCCCCCCCGCAUUCCUUUCUGGUAAACCCGUGAUUCCUGCCUGCGUGCAAAUCUAUAAUCGUUAGAGCUUUUACAAGAUGUAAGAAAGGCUAUCACCCUGUAAACACGGUUCAUUCUCCCCGGAGCCCGUUCUCCCCUGUGAAGAGCGUGUCCUUUCUGCCAAUAAAACUCUCUUUCUUACUUUUA